GGCUGCGCGCGACACCACCAGGCCACCACCCCCAUCCUCCUCCUUAUUACCACCACAACUCCCUCUUCCCUCCUCUGCAUCCACAGACCACAGCAUCCUCCUCCACCUCUCCUUGGUUGAAUUCCUCGAAUAUUUCCGAGAGAGACCCGGCCUCGCUGCAUACCUGCCGUUGCUGGUUCAUUUAGCUCCAGCUAGCUGCUUCGUCGAAUUGAAGGUCGUUGAAGAACCAUUUGAAGGUUCGUAGUAAACCUUCGGUUGUUGGAAGAUGUAUCGGGCAAAGAGAGCUGCAUUGUCACCAAAGGUGAAGCGCCGUGUUGGCAAGUAUGAGCUCGGCCGCACCAUUGGGGAAGGAUCCUUUGCAAAAGUCAGGUUCGCCAAGAACACUGAAACUAUGGAACCAGUUGCUAUCAAAAUUCUUGACAAGGAGAAGGUUCAGAAGCUCAGAUUGGUUGAACAGAUUAGGCGUGAAAUUUGUACUAUGAAGUUAAUAAAGCAUCCUAAUGUCGUUCGGCUGCAUGAGGUGAUGGGAAGUAAAGCAAGAAUUUUCAUUGUUCUGGAAUACAUUACUGGAGGAGAGCUCUUUGAAACCAUUUAUACUAAUGGAAGGUUGAAAGAAGAGGAUGCACGCAAAUACUUUCAGCAACUGAUCAACGCAGUUGACUAUUGCCACAGUAGGGGCGUGUAUCACAGGGAUUUGAAGUUAGAGAAUUUGUUGCUUGAUGCUGCUGGCAAUCUCAAAGUGUCCGACUUUGGUUUAAGUGCUACUGAGCAAGUGAAGUCUGAUGGGUUACUGCACACAACAUGUGGAACUCCAAACUAUGUUGCUCCUGAGGUGAUCGAGGAUAGAGGUUAUGAUGGUGCAACCGCAGAUAUCUGGUCUUGCGGGGUAAUCCUUUUUAUUAUGCUUGCUGGGUUUUUACCCUUUGAGGAUGAUAACAUCAUCGCGCUUUACAAUAAGAUCUCCAAAGCUCAGUUUACCUGUCCCUCUUGGUUUUCUGCUGGAGCUAAGAAACUGAUUACCCGAAUUCUGGAUCCUAACCCUACAACUCGUAUCACCAUUCCUCAGAUACUGGAAGAUCCUUGGUUCAAAAAGGGAUACAAGCAACCUGUUUUUGACGACAAGUAUCAGACUAGUUUCGAUGAUGUCUAUGCUGCUUUUGGAGACUCGGAGGACCAGCAUGUGAAAGAGGAAACUGAACAUCAGCCAACCUCAAUGAACGCAUUUGAACUGAUUUCACUUAACCAGGGACUGAAUCUGGACAAUUUGUUUGAGGCAAAGGAGGAGCAUAAAAGGGAGACAAGAUUCACCUCACAAUGCCCUCCAAAAGAAAUCAUCACCAAGAUUGCAGAAGCUGCAAGGCCACUUGGAUUUGACAUUCAAAAGAAAAACUACAAGAUGCGGAUGGAGAACCCCAAAGCAGGUAGAAAAGGCAAUCUCAAUGUUGCAACUGAGGUAUUUCAAGUAGCUCCAUCCCUACAUGUGGUUGAGCUCAAAAAGGCUAAGGGGGAUACUCUGGAGUUUCAAAUGUUCUACAGAACACUUUCCACCCAGCUGAAGGACGUGGUUUGGAAGUGCGAGGGUGAGGCCGAAGAUAACAGCGCGACGGCAUGAAAGCAGCUUGCAGACCCUCACCGGUUGUACAUAAUUCUUCCGUGGGUGGGAUGGAUGGUCGGUGUUGGCUGCUGAACAAAAACAAGUUCUUUCGUUCAUUUGUUGGUGAUGAAUAGGCUCCUAUGAGACAACGGGCACGAAGCCUGCUGUGGAAGGGCCUAUUUGCUUCUUUAGUUUACUUAUUAUUCAUCAUGGUCCGUUGGUGGAUUAAAAUCGAGAGGCGAAAGGCCGUAUUGUUGUAAGAUUGUAGUAUUGGUUAGAGUACAUCAUCAAGGACUGCAAUAGGAUAGCACUACUUUAUUUUGUUACUGGCUCAACUUAGUUUUGUACUAGUACUACUUGGUUAAAGCCUGGGAGAUAUUCUGAAUAAAUUGCAGAUUAUACUGCUGAUCGUUGUCGA